CUUUGUUAAACAACUUGGAGAUUCUAAGAUGAAAAUGCCAGAUAUGGAGACCGAAAAGACGCCGGUAGAGUCUUCAUUGAGCGAGGUCCCGGAUCGUUUGCCCUUCCCGCCAGUGACAUACUCUCACAUCCUCCAUUGCUCCUACCAUGACUGGCACCCUCGCUAUCGGCCGCUUAUACCGAAAUCUCGUCUUAUCCCUCUCACAUCAGCUUUCGUGAACUACCUCCGUGCCGACGGUAUCGUCCUUCCGCCUGAAGUCCGACCUCCGAGAGAAGACGAUGAGCUCGAUGCAUACGAAGAUGACGAGGAAGGAGAGGACGACCCAUCCGCGGAAUGGCAGGAAAUUCAUACUCAAAUUAAGAACACCAUUGCCGAACUGGGCGGCAAGGUCACACCGAAACUGAAUUGGAGUGCACCCAAAGACGCCACUUUCAUGUCCCCCACGAAUGACACCGAAUGCCGCUCCGCCAACGACAUAUAUCUACUCCUCAAAAGUAGCGACUUCAUCACGCACGACCUCGAGCACCCCUUCGACGAGUGCGAACCGGAUCACAUCAAUGACCCCCAGGCCUGUACUAGUGGCAAGCUCCCAGAAGAUGUCUUGCCAGAAGUGCCCUACCACCUGGUCCUGCGCCAAUACGUCAACUUCAACCCGUCACUAGAAUUCCGAUGCUUCGUACGCAAUCGCAAGCUGCUUUGCAUGUGUCAACGCGACCAAAAUCAUUUCGACUUCCUCUUUGGUAUGCGCGAUAUGCUCCGGUCACGGAUUCAGUCGUUCUUCGAGGAGAAGCUCCGCGAUACUUUCCCCGAUCCCAACUUUACCUUUGAUGUAUACAUUCCAGCUCCGCAUCAGCGAGUCUGGCUGAUUGAUAUCAACCCCUGGGCCCAACGAACCGACCCGCUUCUGUUCAGCUGGUUGGAAAUCCUGCGGAUGAAGGACCCAAUCGGGUUCGAAGAGGAGGCGGACAAUGGGGUCCAGGAAAGCUUCGUGCGCAUCUCCCUUCGGGAUGGUAGCGUUAUUACACCUUCGUCUGAAGAAGAGGCCGAUGAAGAGUCUGCAUCGGAGGAAGAGGAAGAGGAAGUAGAGCCUGCCAUCCGCGAGGGAGAUGACCAAUUCGCACCCUUCCUGCCAGAGUUCCGCCUUAUUAAGAAGGAUGACCCGGAAUCUUACUCGUUCAACACACCGCAGUUCUCAGCUCAUAAGGUGCCAAAGGAGCUUGUGGACGCCUCGCUCGCAGGGCCUGGCGGCAUGAGCGAGUUCUUGGGCAAGUGGCAGGAGAUUCUGAAGCAGCAGGAGCGAGAAGACCGAGAUGCUGGCAAUGAGUCCAACUAA